CGCGCACAUGGUCCCUCCGGCACAUCGGUCCAAAGAAAAUUAUCAAACCUGUUGCUUUGCGGCGAUUAUAUUCCCUCGGAAAGAUGCUGUGGCCGAGAGAAGGAGGUAAAUUUAUCAGCGAGAGGGCGAAGAACGUCCAGGUGGUUCCUGAAGGCGUUGAGAAAGUGGCGGUGAUGCUGUCAGAGUCGGUGAAGGAAGGCAAGAUGAAUUUGAAGGAGUUUUUGCAGAAUGAUGUACUUCCUGUUGACAAAGGCCUGACAGAGGAGCAGCUACUGAAUUGGACAUUCUUGGUUGACACACUGAACUUCAAUUUCUGGACCCCUGAUGGAGAGCCAAAAUAUACUGUCAGAGACAAAGGAAGGAAGCGAACUGGAUAUAUGGCCAUGGUUGCUGCUAUUAACCGUGCUAUCGAUGAGGGCAAGAAGAUUUAUGAUCCAAAUUACUACUCUAAAUUGACCCUUGAUGACAUUAAGCACAUAUUUCGCUCUGAGACCAAGUCUUCUAUGCCACUGUUUCAUGAACGAGUUCGAGUAGUCGGUGAAGUGGGCAAGAAGCUGAUAGAGGAAUACGAAGGAACCUUUCUGAAUGUUCUUAAAAAGGCAGACUGCAGUGCCUUGAAACUGGUGGACAUUGUAACUAGUGAAUUUGAGUGUUUUAGAGAUGUUGCAAAGUAUGAGGGGCAGGAAGUGGCCAUGUUCAAGAGGGCACAGAUUUUGGCGAGUGACAUCUGGGUCCUCUUCAAGGGAGAGGGCCUAGGAGCAUUCACAGACAUUGACAAACUAACAAUAUUUGCAGAUUAUAGAGUACCUCAAGCUAUGGCUCAUUUUGGAGUGCUGAAGUACUCUCCUUCCCUGGAGGAGAAGCUGAAGAAGCAACACAUCUUUCAGAGUGGAGAGCAGGAAGAGGUUGAGAUCCGAGGCUGCUCCAUCCAUGCUGCAGAGCUGAUUGUAGAAAGGAUGAAAGAGCUCUUGUCACAAUCAGGUUGUUCUGCAUCAAUUAAUAGUGCUAAGGUUGAUUUCUUCCUCUGGGACUAUCGGCUGACAAAUGCGGCUAAACUGGAGAGUGUGCCUUACCACAGAGUCAGAUGUAUUUAUUAUUAGAAAGGUUUUUAAAGGAGGUUUGCUGAAUGGUGUGGGGAUUGGCACAGUUGUAAUUAGAGUACAACUUACAGCCACCAGUUUUAAUAUUUUUACUUUCAUGAUACCAUUCAAGAGUUCCAUAUUCAACUAGCCAAACAAGUAAAAACAAUGUAGGGGGUUAUUCUGUACAUGAGGGAGUAUAAGGUAUAUAAAAUAUUUUUAUAUAUGCAAUAGCAAAUCUAUGGUUAAGUUGGAAAAUAAAAUAAGUUAGCGGGCAGAGUUGUAUUGUUGUCCAAAUGUUGGUGUCUGGGCUAGUCAAAGCAAUAACAAUAAUGAAAAUGUAAUAAAUGUGAAAUUGUCAUAUUGGAUUGUCUUCAUGCCUAGGAGAAUUGAGCAGGACCAUACAGUGUAGGAGGAUACAGAGAGACUGAUUAUUGAUCAGUUGACUGUGUACAAAUGUUGUUGGUUGGCAGGGUUGUGUUUACAUGUCAGGCACUGCAUUUAAAUGUCUUUUUUUUGAAGCAAGAUAUGCCAGACAAAAAUCCACCAACAGGGAUAUGACUUUUGUGGGUAUAAUUAUGUGAGUAUCAGUCCACUGAAAUGCAAAUGCUAUUGACUGCUUCAUCUUUGUUGGGAUUUGUCCAGUUUUAUAGUCUCUAUACAUAAAGAAAAUUGUUGUAUGAGUAACAUCAGAUAAAUGAAUUAUAAGUGUUUUACACUUAAUACAAUUUUUUGUUUUUAUUGAGUUGUUAUUGUAAUAUUACCAUUCCGUAUAAAAGUGUACUGGAAAAGUUACAGGUACUUUUUUAUUAUUUGAGAAAGACAUUUUUGUAUUCUUGUACCAUUUUUUCAUAACUUAUUUUGACAGCAUUACACUAAAAAAUUAGUUAAUAUUAGAUGAUAGGAAAAAAAUACAUAGGAAGCUACUUCCUAUAAACCGCCAGGAAUCAGAUUAUGGUGAAACUGUU